AUGGCGUCUACCUCUUUUCAACAACAAGAAAAUGAAGAACACGAAGGAAUCAUCGUUAUUGAUGUAUGGAACCAUAACUUCAAAGAAGAGAUUGCAAUAAUCACCAACAUAAUUAAGGAGUUCAAGGUGGUGACAUUUGAUACAGAAUUUCCAGUUACCCUAAUCAAAGUACCAUCAAACGCUCCUAAAUAUACAUUAUUGCCAUAUGCUGGAAUGAGAGAAAACGACGAUAAGGGAAACCUCCCUAAAGAUGAAAAUGAAAAAGAUAUUAUCUGGCAGUUUAAUUUUUCUGAUUUUGACCCAGAUAAAUCUUUAUCGAACCCCCGAUUGGGUGCAUUUGGUGAAACGCUGAGAAUGUCUUCAUGGCUGUUCCGAUAUGGCUUACGUUAUUAA